ACGUGCGUACACUAGAUGCAUAUAUUCGAGGACAGGUAGGACACUCCCUGGCCUUAGUAUGUCCAUACUCACUUUCAAUUGCAAGGGCGCAGGAUACUCACAGCUGGAAUUUUUAGGCGUGACAUAUGGUACACCCCGCAUCAGAAAUGCAGUAUGGGCUGCUCUCUUCGAUUCCCUGAUCUCGGAUUUCCAACGCGUUAACAAUAAGGACGUUAUCCCGAUCAUUCCGGGGCGCCUUAUAGGCUUCUCACAUGUCCAGGGAGAAGUCCACAUCAUCCCAGCCGUAUGAACUUUGACCAGCAUAUGAGUUGCAGUAAAACCCAUGGCAUGACGAGAAUUCAUAACAUACAAUUGCUUCUUGAGCUUAAUCGGAAGUUAGAAAAGCAAUAAUAUCGUGAACCCAAGAAGAGUGUAGACAAUAAGGUUAUAGAUAGAUUGAGUAACGUGACUGUGAAGUCAAGGACGCGUUAUUUAGAUGUGUUUGCGUAGUGUUCAAGUGUGA